UGAAAAAUACAGAACAUUUUAAAUAUGUAAUAGGAACAAUAGAGAUUUCUAUUUAAUAACUGUGGAAAGAUUCGAAGUAAUUUUGCGUGUAUAAUAAUCAAUGUUGGUCUCAUUUAACAAUCGACUUUUUAUAUGAGAUGCCGCAACAAAAGCAAUCGGAAGGAUAAACGUCAGCAAGUUAAUUAGCAAACUGAUAUCACGUAGACGUCAGCAAAUUAAUUAACAAACUAAUAUCAAACAGAAAAAGAAAAUUAAUAAUUCGUAAGUCCUAAUCAUCUUAUUGUAACUAUAUUUAUCGGGCAAGUACGAGCUGUCGGUAAUACGCUACUGAAGAAAACAAUAGCCGAUCGGCUGCACGGCAGUGCCAUAUUGCUCAGCUAGAAGCUAAGGAAGUUCCUCGCGCUCCUUGGGAACUGUAGCAUAGUACAGAGAAAGUUACUUAUAAUUUAGAAGUAUGCCGCGUUGCUUGAUAAAGUCGAUGGCACGAUAUCACAGGACGGACAAGUCGAGCGAAGAGUCCGAAUUCCCGUGGCUGCCACCGUCCACGGAUCUCAAGCGGAAGAGCCAUGCGAAGGACGCGACGUCCAAAAUGAGCAACAUCUGGACCUGCUCCGGGCUGCCUAUCGUGACCCGUUACAGCUUCCACAAGACCAACGGUUUCGACGUGGGAUUAAAUUCAGCCGAGCGUUUCGGAAAUAACAACGAUCACGCCGCUUCGAUCGACGGCCGCGUGGCCGACAAUACGAGGAAGGUGUCGGCGAUAUUUCUUGACGACGUGUCGGGAUUCUCCGCCAAAGCGGAGGGUUUGGCUGGACCGGCGGUGACGACGAUAGACCCGGAAAAAAUCGCCAGUGCGAUCAAGCCGAAGGUCGUGGCCGACGGCUGCGAGACGCAGACGUUUUCGCAGGCCCUGUACUUGCUGCCAAAGCAAAAGCAGCACGAGCAGACUACCGUCGCCGUAGGUAAGACGACGUCUGCCCGGGAGGGUGGUCAGCAUUGGAAGAGAAACAAAACUAUGCACUACUGCCCAUACUGUCGCAAGAGCUUUGAUCGGCCGUGGGUGCUGAAGGGCCACCUGCGCCUGCACACCGGAGAGCGGCCCUUUGAGUGUCCGGUCUGCCAUAAAUCCUUCGCUGAUCGCUCGAAUCUUCGCGCGCAUCAAAGGACACGCAAUCAUCAUCAGUGGCAGUGGCGCUGCGGCGUGUGCUUUAAGGCUUUCUCGCAAAGGCGCUACCUAGAGCGCCAUUGUCCGGAAGCCUGCCGCAAGUACCGUAUAUCCCAGAAGAAGGAGCUCGCUUGUCCGUGAAAAGAAUACUGGCAAGGAGUACCGACGGCUGUUAAAAUCGCUCUCGACGCAUAUUGCGCUAUGUAAAACUGAUAUAUUAAUUUUAUGUUCUAACGUUUGAGCAGUAUACGUUACACGAUAUGCCGUUCUUCGCCUUUCUCAAUAAAAUUAUAAUUUUAUAUAUCUUCAGAUGUGCAACUUCAUUAAUAGGUUUAAUUAAACUUAAAGCCGAGCAUCUCGUUGCCAGUUGCGAAGCGAUUGCAACACCCGAUCAGAAGCGUCAAUGACACUAUCCGAAUGUAAUGAUUACGUUGCAUUAUUAGACCGCGGUCUUAAAAUUUAAUCCAUGAAAUAAGCUAUAUAAACGAUGCAAACCGCAGCCAAUCUUCUAAUACAUUUUAUUUUUUAAAUCUUAAUUUAAAAUUGUCUGAUAUGUACAAUCUCGAAAUUUAUAUUUUAUCAGACGAUUGAAUCUCAAUUAAGAUUAUAAUCCCAUGCAGCACAUAUCUUUCAAAAAGUUUUCUGAAAGAUGUGUGCUGUGUGGGAUAAGAGAUAAUUUUUUGAUAUUUAAAAUAUCAGAGCUGCAUUAGCACUUUUAAAACGUUAUGUGGGACAGUUUUGAAAUAAAGAAUCGAUUAUAAGUAACGGCUUCAGUUUCGAUUUGCUUCCACACCUGGCACCUGGCACACGGAGAUUGGUCGAAUCUUCGUAUGACGACGUAUGUAUAAUUCGAACCACAUGGCAUGAUUUCGUUCCGAGUCUGUUCUUUAUCCCUCGUUAUAUUAUAUUAUUUGAAACUGAAAUGGAAGACGAGUAUCAUCGAGGAUAAAAUAUAAAAGGGACAGGACAGAAAGUAUAAAAAAUUCAGCCGCAAAGAAAUAAAUCUGCUGGCGCGUUUCGUUCUUUGUAAUUGGACCGCGAAUCCCUCAUGAAAAUCGCUUUAAGACGACUCCUGAUGACGGGACGCGGACGCCACGAUAACUUCGCCAUCUAGGUACUGUCGGUCUUUCAUGCGAAUCGUGUAUACCGAACAAGCAAUAAUCGUCGCUCGCAUUCGACGCAGUGCAUCAGUCGGGAUUUCGAGAUUCUGCAAACGGAACGCUAAUCACAAGUCGCAGAGAUAGACCGAAAGACUGAAGUCGGGACCGCGUGUUAUACACGAAAACGCUUUUUUUUCCGAAGCGUAACGAAGCAGAGAAGAAGCGGUAAAGGUAGAGUGAGAGGGAGAGCGAGAGAGAGUGUGAGAGAGAGAGAGUGAGAGUGAGAGGGCGAGAGAGAGUGUGCGAGAGAGGGGUGAGAGAGGGCGAGAGAGAGAAGUGAGGAGAGAAGCGGCACAGCGCGGCAUCGCACCGGACGAA